GAAGACUCUCCGUCUACCAUUGAGCUACGCCCACUGCAAAAUAAUCUUCUGGUCUAGGCAAAGGGGGCCUCAAAGAAAAAAAGAUAAAAGAAGAAGUAUAGUAAUUUUCUGGAGUACGGACUAACGGAGAAACAGCAACCGGCAACCGGCUUCACAAGCAGCGUCCGCGAGCCACCGCGCACCGUACGAACGCAUCGUCGGACUCGCCGCCCGACGCCGACCCGGGUGAACUGCUGAAGGUAACAUGGCAGGAGUCAUAACAAAUUUCUUUAUCGCAUCUUUGUUUAUGUGGGCAGUUCCUAUUGCAAUUCUUUAUGGUUUCAAUCAUAAUUUAUUUCCUGGUAUGACUGACUUCUCUCCGUACUCUGUAACGCUGCUCAGUGGGUUUCUAGCUGUCAUUUCUGUCAACGUUGUUAUAGCAUUUUACAUUUACAUGGCAAUGAGAGAAAGCUCAGAGAAGCAUGAACCGGAUCCUAAAUUCCUUGCAGAUGCCAAGGCUAGUAGUGUCAGCCUCAGACAGGAUGGUCAGGGUGAUACAAAUGAUUCAUCAGCAACACACUCAAAAAAUGAAUAGGUUGACAUUAUGAACAACGAAUAUUAAGGACAAGGGAUAAGGGGUGCUACUGCAGUGUUGGUUGGAUCUAUUGUACUGUGUUCAGUGUGUUGAUUUCUGAGGGAUUCGCAAAGCCGUGCACGAAGAGUUUGGAGAGCUGUGUUUUUCAAAUUUCAACAUGACUGACGACUGCAGCUUUAUUCAUCAUAUUGAUUUCGUGUAUGAAGAUUGUCCUAGAAAGAACCACUUUGUUUUUUAACAUAAAUUGUGCCCCCGUGCAAAGUUUUUGAACAAAGAAAGAUGAUUAAAAACCAGUGCUUCCCUUCCAAAAAAGAAAUCAUUAUUUGAGGUCCUGUGUAUGUCAUCUUUUAGGUUGUUGCUUAUGAAUGGUGAUGAACGUGUAGCUCUUCUUACAGUUUAUAUUAUUAAAUGAAUGAAAUAGUUAUUAAUAUUAUUAUAAUUGUGGUUUCUAUA